AGAAGGCAGGGAUUCCUCCUCCGCGGGAGACGGCCUCCGGUGGCGAGGACCGGGGCUCUGCGGGCGUGAGGGAGCCCCGUCGCCACCAAGGGUUCCCGGGGCGCCGCUUGAGCUGGGAGGGCAGAGACUCCAUUUCCCAGGCUGCAGAGGGAAAGCGAGCUAAAGCCUUCCUCGCUGCAGGUUGAACUUCUCGGUUGCAGAUGAGCGAGAGAGAGAAAACCGUGAAGGGAGAAGAAAGAGAAGGAAGGGAAGAAGGGGGUGGGGGAAGAAGGGAGGAAGGAGGAAGGAGGAGGAGGAGGAGGAGAAGCAUCUCUGGGCAGGCGAAUUAUGCAUGCACUAAGCGAGCUCUGAGAGAAUGGCUGUGGAAGCUAUCCACUGCAGCCUCAGUCCAAAUGGUAUCGAUCUCUCUGUGUGUACCGAAGGAAUUAGCCUGCAACUUGAAGGGGAGAGAGUGGAACCAACCUCCCUUAAGAAAGAAACCUCUAAGUUGCCUGAGUUGAAAGAAACUCUCCAAAGACAGCCCCUGGAAUCAGAAGCAUCUAAGUUUCAUAUUGUGAAGCUGACCAAGCCAGUGGCCCUUUGGACACAGCAAGAUGUAUGCAAGUGGUUGAAGAAACAUUGCCCCAGUCAAUAUCAAAUCUACAGUGAGUCGUUCAAACAGCAUGACAUAACUGGCCGCGCACUGCUCCGGUUAACCGACAAAAAGCUGGAGCGAAUGGGGAUUGCUCAGGAGAGCUUGCGUCAGCACAUUCUGCAGCAAGUGCUCCAGCUGAAAGUGAGGGAGGAAGUUCGAAACCUGCAGCUGCUCACACAAGAAUUUUCUAAAUCCUCUGACUGGAAGCUGGCAAAGGCAGAGCAACACCUUGUACAGAGACAAAGCUUGCCACCACUUCAGAAGCCUCGACAGAGAGUUCCCCAUAAACAUCAGCAACCUCUAAAGCUGCUAUCCUGCCAGAUGAUAUAGAAGCGAACUUUUCCAUCUGAAAGAAAGAAUGAUAAUCCUAAUUUUUUUAAAAAGAAACCUAAGAAAUGGCACCGCCAGAAGAAAACAGCCACCAAGAACUGGACCCCAAAUCCAACUGAUCCGAUUAACCCGAUAAGUUCUGAAUAGCGUCUGACUUGCUGAUGGCAUCCCAGCGUGGCAUGUCACCCACAAUAGAACUCUUUCCACCUAAUAGUUGGUGGGCUGUUGCUUUUUUACACCGGGAAACUGUUCCCAGUUUCAUCACUGUGCGUAAACUUUAUAUUCCCAUUAGGGAACUCUCUGUGACCUUCACUAAAAAGGUCUGGGGUUUGGGUUUAAUUGAGUUUUGUUUUUAGCAUGGCAAACAAUGGAUCAUACUAUAUAUGCAGAUUGCAUGAUGUUUUUUUAUGGGACCGGUAGUUCCAAUUCCACACACCCAAAUGCUCACCGAUGUCCCUUUUCCCUACCCCUGCCCCCCCCUCUCGGAUAGGAACGUAGAAAUAUUUUCUGUUAGUGAUACACGAAAUGAUGCCCUGUUUUACAGUAUCUGCAAUCCAUACAUGAUCUCCACCCAGACAUUCUAGCCAAUUUGAUGUGUUAUGGGAAUGUUUCAGGUAUCUACGUUAAGAUUAUACCUGGCGUGACUUCACCAUGUGCAUUGCUUCAGUAGCAAAGUUGGCUUGGUAACUCACAUGGAUAUUGUUGUGGCUGUUUUGACUCUUCACGUGUAGAAGUAGUAGAAUGAGAGCACGUAUGUUCCCUUUGCUGCACCUACUCUCCAAAACGACAAGUAAGAUUAUAUUUCUGUUGCUUUGAUGCAUGCUAAAUAAUAGAGAAGAAAUUAAUGGAGAUAAAAGAUUGCUGUCUUGUUGCAAGAAUCCCCUAGCUGUCGACGAUUGAAGACACAUGUAACAUUUCAGUAGCAACGUGGCCAGUCUGAAAACAUUCUCCUUGCACACUGUAGAAAUGCAGUGUUUUCUACUUCACAGUUGUAACAAAAGCCAGCUAUAAAAAGUGCUGAUCGGUGGUUAGCAUAGGUGAGUUAUUCCUGGCUGUUUAAAAUGCUUGCUUGUUUUCAAUAGGACAGACAAAAAAUACAAAUAGCAAACUGAUAAACGAUUACCGUCUUACUCCGGAAGCCAUUUUAAUUCUUUUUCCUUUGAAGGCACAUGCUCCAUUCAAA